GAGAGAGAGAGAGAGAGAGAGAGAGAGAGAGAGAGAGAGAGAGAGAGAUGGGCUUUGGAGGUACUCAGCUGUGCUUGUGUCUCUUGCUUGCCUUCGCUGUAAUAUCUUCCUCUGCUCGGAACACCAUUCUAUUUUCAGAUGAUGAGGUGGUGAUAGCCAUGGAGAUGGAGGGUAGGUCUUUGAGGGUGACGACAAAUGACUACAACGACCCAACUGCCAAUCGUGGGCAUGAUCCCUCCCCCGCCUCCUCAAGAGUCAAAUCCAAAGGAGGCGGCGGCCGGAAGGGCUAAAACUUAAAAAUGAAAUAUAUUGCUUGAAAAGGCUAAUAUAUUGCCUCAUAUAUAACGCGUUUUCGUUUUUUUUCAUUGAGUUCACCCAAGUUAUAUCUCAAAUAAAAUUGUACUCAAAAUAUUCUUAUUCUAACUUUUAGCUACAUUAAAUAAGCGAGGACUGUAAUCUAUAUUAUCUGUUG